AUUUUUUAAAAAGUCGACUUUCAUCAUAUUCAUGAAAAAAAGGAAAGCUUGUUCGUAGUGUGCUGGGCGAACCUACGGGUACAUCAAACAAAUUUUGUGAGCAAAUGACACUGGCAGUGAAACGAUAUUUUCAUCAACGGCAUGAUUUAGAGAUUCCCGAUCAAGCUAUUGUCAGUAUUCCUUUACAAUGGGAAGGUAAAGUGUUGGAGCGAGUAGAUAAAUUGUAUACGGACUUGAUAUCCAAUUGGAAACAGACAAUUGAGUCAGCCGAUGUUGUACUAUGGGUCACGCAUUCACAAGGAACUCCCGUAUCCGCUAUCCUAUUAAAAAAAUUGAUUGAGGAAGGUCUCAUCCAAGUGGAUAGACAACCUGUUUGUAUGUUAGCUAUGGCAGGCAUAUCUCAUGGUCCAUUUCCGACACUAAAGGGCAAUUUAUUAGUCAAGUAUUUUGAGGCAGAUGCAGCGAGAGAAUUGUUUGAGUUCAUGGACUCUGAUUCGGAAAUAUCAAUGCAAUAUCGAGACGCCAUGUCUUUUAUACUUCAACAUCGUGUCAAGACAGUGUUGAUAGGAUCAAUGCAAGAUCAAGUUGUACCACUGUACUCUGCCAUUAUGUCUGGUAUCAGCCACCCUAAUAUUUUACGAGCCAUUUAUAUUGAUGGUCAUGUAUAUACAAAAGACGAUUUUCUGAUUCGAUUGAUCACAUUUGCAUUGAAGUUGUUGAAUGCGGGAUUAUCAGAUCACGGUUUUUUGAUUCAUAUCAGUGAAGUAUUGGCGGGUAAGAUCUAUGCUUGGGAGGGAGGACAUUCUACAAUCUAUGAAGAACCUCAAGUGUUUAUACUGGCUUUGCAAUACAUGUUUGAAACUCUACCGUUUGGUAACCACAAGAUCAUGACAUUUCAACAAGAGGACAAAGACAAAGCGAAGCAACGUGUAUUGGACAAAGUACAAGCGAGAUUAGAUCCGUUCCAAGCCAAGCUGAGAUUGAAUCCUUUCCAUUUACCAUGGGCUAUGCGAGGCAUAUGGGAUGAUCCAAGGAUACAUCAUGAUGCAGAUCUCAGUCGAGAACUAAAAGCACUUCAGACCCUGUUUGAUGAUUGGAAUCCCACCAGCUCAAGGCUAAAAGAAAUCAAAUUUCGUCUUGAGCCUUUAAAAGCCAGAUUGUAAGAGUCAAGAUGCAUUGAUCAUCCUCUCUAUCUCUCUUUUCCGCCCCCAACCCCUCCUUUUUUUAUAUGAAUAUUAAUUUAAAUGAUCUACAUUUGGGAAGAUUUUAGUUCUUACAGAAAGAUGAAUCGUUGAAAAGUAAAUUGUGUAUAUAUAAAUGUUCAAUGUUAUGAUGAUACAACUUGGUCACAAAAAGAAGGGGCUGAAGUGAUACUUAAAAUGGGUGUG